UAUAAAAAAAAAAAAAACUGGGGGGUAAAACUUUGCAACACCAAACUUUGACUUAACAUGAUCUUCUCCAACCUCACCCCACCAGUCAAGGCCCUUUAGUGUUUACCUCAGAGUUAAACUGUAAGCUUUGGUCAAAUACUAUCUGUUUACUCUCCUGUCUCUCUGUAAUUCAGGUGGACAUUGUUGUCUGUCCCUGUCCAGAAUUGCACCAUAUUCCCAAGAUGGUGCACUACUUCUGACCAGAGCCAAUAGGGGCGUACUACAACAAAAGUGCACUAAACAUUGAAUAGAGAGCCAUUUCAGACACACCCCACUUUCUACUCUGUGUUUCUGUUAUUCUUCAAAAAUAAACCCUGUGUUCUUUACCCCACCAUCUUCUUUAUUCCGUAUUUUCUUUAUAUCUGAAAUGGGUAAUGGGUAUGAAACAUGGUAUAUGUAAUAACACCUGAAGACCUAGUCAUGCUUGCUUACGGCUCAGUGAAAACAUGUCCCGGGUUUUGGACGACGCACACUUGGGUGGACAUUGACAUCAAACUGAGGUCCUGCCAAGGAUCAUGCAACAGGACCUUUGCUUUCCUUAUCGACCACGACAGCUACCGGUCACAACAGGACCUGAUGACCAAAUUCAYUAACACUACCAAGCAUCAGAAGAAGAACUCCCCUGUUAAAGACAUCCUGAAGAUCAAACUACAACCAGUGGAUGUCGAUCCUCCACCGUUGUUCAGCUACAAAACCAUCCCCAUCAUCCACAAGGAACUCCUGACUCAGUUUGAGGACCUAGAACAGAACCAGGUGGUUCUAGAAGACGUUCUGGAGGAAACGGAAUGUCUGGGUUCCGUAGGGGUGACAGCCUUUCAAGAAUGUUAAUAAACCAAGAGAGAACUCUCUUGCUGGAUAACCAAAAUAUUAUUUUGAAUAGUAUAUUGUGUCAUAUUGUACCCUUAUCACUUAUAUUAAAGGAAUAUUGUUUAACUACAAUUACCUGUAUAUGUAUGAUAUAAACUCAGCAAAAAAAGAAARYUCCUCUCACUGUCAACUGRGUUUAUUUUCAGCAAACUUAACAUGUGUAAAUAUUUGUAUGAACAUAACAAGAUUCAACAACUGAGACAU